AUGGAUCCUGCAGCCUCUCUACCACAUCAGACCACCACCACCACUAGCCAACUACAAUACCCAGAAUCCACCAACUCCUCUCCACGCUCUAGGCAAGCCGAAACGUGGGACGAGCCAUUGCCACCGGUGCCGGGUGCAAAGCUGAGGCUGAUGUGCAGCUAUGGAGGGCACAUCAUUCCCCGCCCACACGACAAGUCCCUCUGCUACGUUGGUGGCGACACACGCAUUGUGGUGGUCGAUCGCAGCUCCUCCCUGGCGGAGCUCCACUCCCGCCUCUCCCACACGCUCCUCAACGGCCGCCACUUCACCCUCAAGUACCAGCUCCCCACUGAGGAGCUUGACUCCCUUAUAUCAGUCACCACAGAGGAGGACUUAGAGAACAUGGUUGAAGAAUAUGAUCGCACUGUCUCAGCAUCGCCUUUAAGACCUUCUCGUCUACGCCUCUUCCUGUUCCUAUCGAAGCCUGAAACCGCAGCCUCCAUGGGAUGCCUCCUUGCUGAUGCCAAGUCCGAAACAUGGUUUGUGGAUGCUCUCAACAAUGCCGGGUUGCUUUCAAGAGGGCUGUCGGAUUCCGCUACUGAGAACAAUAAUAUAGUGGAUCUUGAUGGGAUGAUCCAGAGUGGUUCUGUCACAGACCUGCAGAAGAAUCAUCAUCAAAAUGAGGCCUUGAUUAGCAGCAGUGACAAUAAUAAACAAUAUACAGUUCCUGAUUCACAAGUGGUUAUUGAGACUACUACUACAUCCUCUUUCGAUUCUUCCAGUGUUUCUUCUCCAUCCAUGGCUAAUCUGCCUCCAAUCAAGGUCAGGGUUGAAGGAGGUGGUCUUAGAGUGAAUGAUAAAAUGUUUGGGUUAGAAGAACAAUUGUCGCAGAUAAAUGUUGGCCCCCAGACCACACAGAAGCAAGAAGAUGGGCUUGAUAAUGUGGCAGCCACUGCUGCAGUGCCACCUACUAUAUUUGCAAUCAACUCUGCUGUUAUCUCAGACUACGAGAAAUUAGAUGAUGGAGCACCACCCGGGAUCCGAAAACCGCCAUUGCCACUACAGUUGGUUCCUCGCAAAACUGGAGAUGGUUAUGGCUUGUCAUCACCAGAUUCAAGACAUGCUCCUGGAGGAUUCAACUUAGCAUCACCAGAUUCUGUAGCAAGUGAUAGUAGCAUCACAUCUGCUGCAUCUUUCUCAAAACAUGCAACUAACCAAGAUGCAGCUCAAGCUAUUAUAAGUAGGGAAAACAGAGCAGCAAUUGAUCCCAAGAGUAACAUUAUGGACAAUACUAGCUCUCUGAUCCAGAUGCAGCAGGGUCAGGAUUCUGCAGCAGCUAUACCACCUCCACAACAGAACCAGCAGCAGUUUAUACAUCCCAACACACACUAUUUUCAGCAUCCAGCUGCAGGCGGAGGAGCGGUCCCAAUCUCGUCUUACUAUCCAAUGUACACCGGGGCUCCCCCAUCACAACAACAAAUGGAUCAGCAUCAGCAAUACCCUAUGUAUCUACUGCCAGUUACUCAGCCCUACAACAACUUCGCAGCAGCAGCAGCACCGCAAUCUAGUACUCAAACCAUUAAUGCAGCAGCCGCUUACAAAGAAGCACUUCCACCUAUUUACCCCACAAAACCAGCUCCCUCAUCUAAGCCCGAAGCGGCUGCAGCAAGUGUGUACAGAACUCCUGCACUGUUUCACCAACAAUUCUUUGGUCUUUCUUCACAAGCUCCACCCCCUCCCGCCCCCGCCACCUCUGCAAACUAUGGAUAUGAUUAUUCCCAUCCUACUCAAGACCAGCAGCUCUAUUAUGCUCAGCAGCAUCAAGUUGCACCACUGCCUUCUCAGUACCAAACUAUGACCCCCACCACUGCACUGCUACUGUCACAAGCUACAUCACACAUAGCUGCAGAGAAUGCCAUGCAACAACCCAAAACUUCUCAACCAUUAUAA